AUGUCAUGCCAGGCAGCCCUGCUUCUGCUAGUGUUGGAGCUGAAUGAAGUAAACUUUCCAACAGAUGAACAUCUGAGCAGCAGUGAAGACAGGCCACCAUCCCCUGUCAACGUGACUGUGACGCAGCUGAAGGCAAACUCUGCCACAGUCUCCUGGGACGUCCCAGAAGGAGAUGUGGUCAUCGGCUAUGCCAUCUUACAGCAGCGGCAAGAUGGACAGAUGCAGCGCUUCAUCCGGGAGGUGAACACCACCAACCGGGCCUGCGUACUGUGGGACUUGGCGGAGGAUGCUGAUUACAUCAUCCAGGUGCAGAGCAUCGGCCUGUAUGGGGAAAGCCAGGCCAGUAAGCGUGUCCACUUCCGGACCCUGAAGGAGACCGACCGCCUCCCUUCCAACAGCUCCAACCAAGGUGAUAUCACCAUGGAAGGGCUGGACAAAGACAGGCAGCUGCAGACAGGCGAGAUUAUCAUCAUCGUGGCUGUGCUGCUCAUGUGGGCAGCGGUGAUCGCCCUCUUCUGCAGACAGUAUGACAUCAUCAAGGACAACGACUCCAACAACAACAAGGAAAAGACAAAGCCAUCCUCGGAGCACAGCACGCCAGAGCGACCGAGCGGAGGGCUGCUGCGGAGCAAGAAGAAGUCUCCCUCGGUCAAUAUAAUCGAGGUGUAAGUGCAGCACCAGCUCUGCGUCUGAGGUCCUGGGCGUCCUGCCAGAGCCAAAGCAGGCCUUGGAAGAAGAGGCAGCACCAGGCACCCAGCCUGGAACUCUGCAUGCGAAGAUCAGUGUAUCAGAACUUACGCUUUCCCGAGGGCGCCUGUCCAGGGAUGUGCAUGGAGCCGGCUCCCAGACGUGCAUGCAGUGCACGGCCCUGCCCAUCCCGCAUGCCUGGCCCUGCUCCCCUGCCACUGCAGAGCGCAGAGUUGAGAAAGGGUGGGGGGGCCACACCACCAGCCCAGGGGGCCAAGCCUAGGGGAGCAGAGGGGCUGGUGUGCUGGCUUGAGGGGAGGCAACAUCCCUGCACACUGGCUUGGCCAAAGGCCUGGGUGCAACCAUGUGGCACCGGACGCCUGUCCAGCAGGCAGCCUGGAGCAGACCUUGCUCUCAGCUGCUGUGUCUGGGCUCGGAGGGCUACUUGCGGAGGGCAGUGGAUGCUCCCCUUUUGGCCCUGAGACUGAGGGAAUGGGGCAGUGCAGGCAUUCGCCCCAGCACCACCAGGGAAUUAGUGGCUGGGUGGCAGGAGGGUUUGUCUGUGGAGCUGGGCCCAGUGAGCACAGCUGAAGAGUGGAUCCCUGCUGGAGAAUGGGGCUCCACUACACCCCAUCAUUGCCGUGCAGGGGCUUCAAGGCCUCUCCCUGCUGCAGGGGACAAAGACACAAAUGAACACGAGGAGCUAGUGCUGCCACAGUGCCUGGCCAGCCUGCAGAGCGUGCAGCCAGGGCAGGGAGUGCUGGCAGAAGCCAUUCUGUAGAGUGGUGUGAGCAGGCAGUGCCAGGGCAUGGCUGUGGCUUUGCCAUUUCCCUAGCAGGGCUCAGUCCUGACACAUUCAAGCUGUUUGUAGGGGAGCUGCUGAGCACCCUGUGAGCAGUGCGAUGCCUGUACUGCCUGGAGGAGAUAAUGUGGUGAGGCCCAGCAAGGUCUCGGCAGGCUUGGCAGGAUGUGCGCUGCAUAGUUCAUCACUGCUCUGGGGACAACGCUAGCUUUAACAGCGUCACAUCCCACUCGUGGCUCCUUCUGUCUUGCCGGGGGGAGGGGUAUGGUCACUGCUGAUGCUUCUGCUGCUGGAGCUGGUCACAUGGCCUGCACCAGAUUGGCUGAUGUGACACAGACCUGUUGGAAAGGGCUGGCCCUGAAUG